AUGUGGGAGGGCUCGGCUGCUCACCCACGCUGCUUUGGUCGGCCAAGUUUGAGCUCGAUCGGAACCGGUGCAGCCCAGCUAGCCGUGCUCGCAAGUGAUCCUGCGGACUUCGAUUUCGCGUGUCCAGCUUCCAAGCACCGCCCGAGCCCAGCCACGGGCUCGACGUCGGCCGCUCCGACGGGCGCAACUCGGCCAGUCGAUUCUGCACGGCCUCUCUCACCGCCCGAUAUCACUGUCAGUCGGCUGGUCAAAGCUUGCGACCGAUGGCCUGAGUUGUCCAAGGCGCAGUGGGUGGGCGUGUGGAAGGCGGCUGCGUGGAAUUGGGUUUUGGUUAGCCGGCAGCUGGCUGCCCGGGUCCAGCAGGGCAAAAGACCGCACCACACCAGCGGGCAAAUUUUCCCUCCUGCCUCGGCAGUCCGGCAGCGCGCAACUCAGCCGCGCUAUGCGAUUCUAGCUUUUUCGCUCGACCCGAUACUGGCCGCCUCGACCCCACCACCUCGCCCCCCUUCCACCACAAUCCGUUUCUUCAUUGACAGCGUCGACAGCAUGGACGAAGAACUGGUCGAUGAUCGACCCAGGAUUCGCAACUCCCAAGCCUGCCUCGAGUGCAGAAAAGCCAAGAUCAAAUGCAACGGCAAGCGCAAAGACGCGCAGAACUGUUCCCGAUGCGAAGCCAAGGGGCUGGAUUGCUCUUGGACAGCCUCACGCCGCGGAAAGAAGCCUGGCACCAAAAAUCUGGCUACGCGUGCGCGCGAACAGUCCGAAGCCCUCCAACGUCAGCUCGAGCACCAGCUCCACACCAAGGUCGAUCGAAGCUCGCCUCCUGCGUACGACUCUCAACCCAGCCUUUAUCGACAAGCGUGGGAUUCGGCAAGCCAGCCGCGCGCGUCGACCUCCUAUCCUCCGCACCCUGCCCAGACGGAACAGCGCCUGAUGCAUCGCCACGGUUCCGAUGCAAGCAACCACCAGUCACCUCAAAGCACAGCCACAGCCUCGUCGUCGUCCGGCUCGCAUCUCUCGUCGUCUGUGCCCACCGCCAUGUCUUCGAAUGGUCACAACGGCAGUCACACGAGCAACUUCAGCGGCAACAGCAGUCGACGUACUUCCAAGUACCACGACGGCCUCCUCAUCCGCGAAUCACGCAUGCCGCCUUCUUCCACCAAUCCGCUCCUCUGUCUUUCUGAGGCCGCGCUCGGCAAACGCUGCACUGAAUCCGACAGCGAGGAAGACGAGCUCGCGGCCGACAACGAGCCAGCCGAAGCAGACGCUCAGCUUCUGGGAGACCAGAAGGACGGCAAGAAACGCUCGGCUCUCCACCCGUAUGUGGACGACUUGGCCAACGAGGAGGAUGACGCCCAGGCCAAGUCGGCGCGCGACAUUGCAAGCAUGCUCGAGAGCAGUGGCUGGACUCGCUCGUGCCUUGCCCAUGCUGCGUGCGAACGUGCUUCGUACUUUUCCGGCGCAUCCGCAUCAGCCAGCUGGGAUACGCGCCGAUGCGAUCCUUUGGAGCAGGGCAUUGUGACGAUGGACGAAGCACGUCGCCUGUUCCAGCUCUUUAUGGACACGGUUCACGAGCAGUUCUGCAUCCUCGACCCCGUCAUCCACAACGUCGCCACCAUCAAGGAAUCCUCCAACUUCCUGUUUUCAGUCAUUUUGGCCAUCGCCACUUCCAUCGAUCGCAGUCCCCGCUCGAUCCGGCAAUUCGAGCUGUUGCGCAAGCUGGUCGACUCGCUCGUGGUCGAAGUGCUCAGCCGCAACGUCAAGAGCGUCGAGGUCGUCAAGGGCCUCAUCGUGUGGCCCAUGUGGGCGCAUCUCACCCCCUUGAUGGCCGAGGAUCGAGCGUGGCUGCUCAUCGGAACGGCGGCACGAAUGGCCAAGGAGUUGGAUCUCGCCAUGCGCGACGACGUGUCGCAGGAAGACGAGCUCGCCCGUCGUCACGCCCGUGAUCGCUCCAGGACAUGGGCACUAGCUGCCAUCAUGGAGCGAAGCUUCUCGUCCUUCUCGGGCCAGCGUCCCAACACCACGCUCGACGUGGACUGGGGUACGCUCAACGAUUGGCUCAAAUCGCCCAUCUCGCUCGACGGCGAUAUUCAGAUCGUGGCGUUCCUGCAUCUGCGCCGUAUCGAGGAGAUCAUGCGGACGCGCAUCUUCAGUCAGAGCUACUACGAGGUCGGCUCGAUCGAGAGCAUUCGCGUCUCUGCCAACGUGCUUCUCGAGGCGUGGUCCGAGGCCUGGUGCGAGCAUCCGGCGCUGGAUAAGCACCCGCUCACCUCGACCAUCAUGCGCAUCAUCGGACUGCACGUGCGCGUGCUCAUCAACACGCAUGCCAUUCGCGAGUCUGACCGCAGAAGGGCGAUCUGCGAAUCGUCCAACAUGCGCAUCCUCCGCGUCUGCGGCGAAUCGGUCAAAGCGGCGCGCGAAUGCUGCGUGAUGCUCUUGAAGGACGCGUGUCGACUGGCGCUUGACAAUUUGCAAGGCCAGGCGCACACCGUUAGUAGGAUCGUGGCAGCCAUGCUGGGUUGGUCAGGCGUGCAUUUGCUCAAGAACGGACCGAUCGAUACUCGUGGCCUGGUGGUGCAGUUGGGCCUGCUGCUGGCCGGCGACCCGCUGGACUCUGCCCAUUCGCGCUCCUUUGCGCGCUUCUACGGUCGCUUCAUCCUCUCCCUCAGCGCCGAGCUGGUGGAGCGGGAUCGGGCCGAAAAGCACCGCAGGAAGCGCCAGCGACUGCGAGGAUCGUCUCACAUGUCGACAGGCUCUAGCGGCGUAGGCAUCGCGAGCCCGCGCGGCGAAGCAAGCAACAUGGCUCGCGGCAACACGGCAGGAGGCGCUGUGGCCAGCCAUGAUGCAGGCAAGGCUGUCGUAGCUCCCGGCCUAGGCACCUCCGUGCCAGCCGCCGCGAUGAGUGACAUGGCAUUCGCUUUCGAGUCUGCGGCCCAGAGCGGGCUGCAGACGCCAGGCAUGAUGGGACGACCGGCAAUGGUGAGCCAUCCAGGUGCUGCCGCAAGCUCCAUGUCGCCAUCCGUUUCCAACGCAGCUGGUCAGUCGCAUGCAUACAUGCCGGCGGCUGGCACUGGCGCCGCCGGCUCGACGAACAACAUGGCAGGCAUGUUGAGUGGCGGCAGCGGUGCUGGAGGUACGUCGCCAUUCUCGUCGGCGUACCGUUCAGCGACCGUGCCGUCGUCCAUGGCAAGCAACGGCGCCUCGGGAUUGGAUCCGGUGACGAGCACCUGGCUGGGCACAGACGACCUGCUGGAUCAGUACAUGCAGAGCAUCCUGCCCAUCUUCAACGACUUUGAUCAUGCCACCAACAACACCAUGAUGAACAGCAUUGGCGGCGGCGGCGGCGUCGGGGUGCCCAUCUCGGAAGUAGGACGUUAG